UCUGCGCGUUGGGGGUGAGGUGCGCGGUGGUUGCGCCCGGCGCCGCCCCCGCCACCGCCACCCGCGCCAAGAGCUCCCGCAGGAUGGCGCGGGCCAAGCUGCCGCGCUCGCCGUCCGAGGGCAAGGCGGGUCCGGGGGACACCCCAGCCGGCGCUGCAGCCCCUGAGGAGCCUCACGGACUCAGCCCGCUACUGCCGGCUCGCGGCGGGGGCUCUGUGGGCAGCGACGUGGGCCAGAGGGUCCAGGUGGAGUUCUAUGUCAAUGAGAACACCUUCAAAGAGAGGCUCAAGCUGUUCUUCAUCAAAAACCAAAGAUCCAGCCUGCGAAUCCGGCUGUUCAACUUCUCCCUCAAGCUCCUCACCUGCCUGCUGUAUAUCGUCCGUGUCCUGCUCGACAACCCAGACCAGGGCAUUGGAUGCUGGGGCUGCACGAAGUAUAACUACACUUUCAAUGGCUCAUCCUCUGAGUUCCACUGGGCUCCCAUCCUGUGGGUAGAGAGGAAGAUGGCUCUGUGGGUGAUCCAGGUCAUUGUGGCCACAAUAAGCUUCUUAGAGACCAUGCUCCUCAUUUACCUCAGUUACAAAGGCAACAUCUGGGAGCAGAUCUUCCAUGUGUCUUUCGUCUUGGAGAUGAUCAACACACUGCCCUUCAUCAUCACGGUUUUCUGGCCACCUCUUCGGAACCUGUUCAUCCCUGUGUUUCUCAACUGCUGGCUGGCCAAACAUGCGCUGGAGAACAUGAUCAAUGACUUCCACCGUGCCAUCCUACGCACACAGUCAGCCAUGUUCAACCAGGUGCUCAUCCUGUUCUGCACCCUGCUGUGCCUGGUCUUCACAGGGACCUGUGGGAUUCAGCACCUGGAGCGGGCAGGCGGCAACUUGAACCUGCUGACCUCCUUCUACUUCUGCAUCGUGACUUUCUCAACUGUGGGCUUCGGUGAUGUGACACCCAAGAUCUGGCCAUCCCAGCUCCUGGUGGUCAUCCUGAUCUGUGUUACCCUUGUGGUGCUCCCACUGCAGUUUGAAGAGCUUGUCUACCUCUGGAUGGAGCGUCAGAAGUCAGGGGGCAACUAUAGCCGCCACCGAGCACGGACGGAAAAGCAUGUAGUCUUGUGUGUGAGCUCCCUCAAGAUUGAUCUCCUCAUGGAUUUCCUGAAUGAGUUCUAUGCCCAUCCCCGGCUCCAGCCUUGCCAGCAGGACUACUACGUGGUCAUCCUGUGUCCCUCUGAAAUGGAUGUUCAGGUGCGCAGAGUACUGCAGAUUCCCCUGUGGUCCCAGCGGGUCAUCUACCUCCAGGGCUCUGCCCUCAAGGACCAGGACCUCAUGAGAGCCAAGAUGGACAACGGAGAGGCCUGCUUUAUCCUCAGCAGCAGGAAUGAGGUGGACCGCACAGCUGCGGAUCACCAGACCAUCCUUCGAGCCUGGGCUGUGAAGGACUUUGCCCCCAACUGCCCCCUCUAUGUCCAGAUCCUCAAGCCCGAAAACAAGUUUCACGUCAAAUUUGCUGACCACGUGGUGUGCGAGGAAGAGUGCAAAUACGCCAUGCUGGCCCUGAACUGCAUCUGUCCGGCCACCUCCACCCUCAUCACCCUGCUGGUGCACACGUCCCGUGGCCAGGAAGGGCAGGAGUCUCCAGAGCAGUGGCAGCGCAUGUACGGGCGGUGCUCUGGCAACGAGGUGUACCACAUCCGCAUGGGUGACAGUAAAUUCUUCCGGGAGUAUGAGGGCAAGAGCUUCACCUACGCAGCCUUCCACGCACACAAGAAGUAUGGGGUGUGCCUCAUCGGGCUGAAGCGUGAGGAGAACAAGAGUAUCCUGCUGAACCCAGGGCCACGGCACAUCCUGGCCGCCUCCGACACUUGCUUCUAUAUCAAUAUUACCAAGGAGGAGAACUCAGCUUUCAUCUUCAAGCAGGAGGAGAAGCAGAAGAGGCGGGGUCUUGCAGGGCAGGCACUUUACGAAGGGCCCUCCCGGCUCCCAGUGCAUAGCAUCAUCGCCUCUAUGGGGACAGUGGCCAUGGACCUGCAGAACACAGAUUGCCGGCCCUCCCAGGGUGGCAGUGGCGGGGGCGGCAGCAAGCUGACUCUGCCCACCGAGAAUGGCUCCAGUAGUCGGCGCCCCAGCAUCGCACCCGUUCUGGAGCUGGCAGACAGCUCAGCCCUGUUGCCCUGCGACCUGCUGAGUGACCAGUCAGAGGAUGAGGUGACGCCCUCAGACGACGAGGGGCUCUCUGUGGUUGAGUACGUGAAGGGCUACCCCCCCAACUCACCCUACAUUGGCAGCUCCCCAACUUUAUGCCACCUCCUUCCUGUAAAAGCCCCCUUCUGCUGCCUGCGGCUGGACAAGGGCUGCAAACACAACAGCUACGAGGAUGCCAAGGCCUAUGGGUUCAAGAACAAGCUGAUUAUUGUCUCUGCUGAGACAGCAGGCAACGGGCUCUACAACUUCAUUGUGCCUCUGCGCGCCUACUACCGGUCCCGCCGGGAGCUCAACCCCAUCGUGUUGCUGCUUGACAACAAGCCUGACCACCACUUCCUGGAGGCUAUCUGCUGUUUCCCCAUGGUCUACUACAUGGAAGGAUCCGUGGACAACCUGGACAGCUUGCUGCAGUGUGGCAUCAUCUAUGCUGACAACCUGGUAGUGGUGGACAAGGAAAGCACCAUGAGUGCUGAAGAGGACUAUAUGGCAGAUGCCAAGACCAUUGUCAACGUGCAGACCAUGUUCCGGCUCUUCCCCAGUCUCAGCAUCACCACGGAGCUCACACACCCUUCCAACAUGCGGUUCAUGCAGUUCCGUGCCAAGGACAGCUACUCUCUGGCUCUUUCCAAACUUGAAAAGCAAGAACGUGAGAAUGGCUCCAACCUGGCCUUCAUGUUCCGCCUACCAUUUGCUGCUGGCCGAGUGUUUAGUAUCAGCAUGUUGGAUACGCUGCUCUACCAGGUCAGCUGGAAUGGGGAGAAAGGCAGGUGGCUUCUGAGUGUGGAGGCUGGAGCAUCUGCCUCACGUGGCCCCGCUGCCCCACAGUCCUUCGUGAAGGACUACAUGAUCACCAUCACCAGGCUGCUGUUGGGCCUUGACACUACACCAGGCUCCGGCUACCUCUGUGCUAUGAAGAUAACAGAGGAUGACCUGUGGAUCCGUACUUACGGCCGCCUCUUCCAGAAACUCUGCUCCUCCAGCGCCGAGAUCCCCAUCGGCAUCUACAGGACCGAGUGCCAUGUCUUCUCCUCUGAGCCCCAUGACCUCAGAGCCCAGUCUCAGAUCUCUGUGAACAUGGAGGACUGCGAGGACACUCGGGAGGCCAAGGGGCCCUGGGGCACACGGGCUGCAUCUGGCAGUGGCAGCACCCAUGGCCGUCACGGGGGCAGUGCUGACCCAGUGGAGCACCCACUUCUGCGCCGCAAGAGCCUGCAGUGGGCCCGCAAGCUGAGUCGCAAGAGCAACAAGCAGGCAGGGAAGGCACCCAUGGCCACAGACUGGAUCACCCAGCAGCGGCUCAGCCUGUACCGGCGCUCAGAGCGCCAGGAGCUCUCGGAGCUGGUCAAGAACCGGAUGAAGCACCUGGGACUACCCACCACUGGCUAUGAGGACGUAGCAAAUUUAACAGCCAGUGAUGUGAUGAAUCGGGUAAACCUGGGAUAUUUGCAAGACGAGAUGAAUGAUCAUCACCAGAACACCCUUUCCUAUGUACUCAUCAACCCCCCGCCAGACACAAGACUGGAGCCCAAUGAUAUUGUGUACCUCAUCCGUUCCGACCCCCUGGCCCAUGUGACCAGCAGCUCCCAGAGUCGGAAAAGCAGCUGCAGCAACAAACUCUCAUCCUGUAAUCCUGAGACCCGGGAUGAGACCCAGCUCUGAGCCCCAUGCUGGGGUGGACAGGAGGACGCAGAAUAGGUGGACAUUGUCAUAGGCUGGCCUGGCCCAAGCAGGCUGCAGUAUGACUUUAUACAGUGGCUCUAAGACUUGCCCCCGGAAAGGAAGUCCUCCUCUCAGUGGGGCCAUGAGACCACUGGACUGCCCUGGAAACUGGCAUGAGGCAUUUUUUUUAACCCAUUUUUACAAAUCUGAAUGAUUUGCAUCUCUUUACAUAGCUGUACCACAGCUCAUGAUUGGGGUCUGGCUAAUGUGUGAGGCAAGCAGACAGAACAGGGACGACACUAUCC